GUCCGGAUGGCUUCUGUUGGGGAGGAUGCGUACUGUCACAUCUACGCGCAAUCCUUAGGUGUUGAUUACGAUCCCCUAACGGAGCUGGUUUUUUUCGACAAUGUGGAUAGUCACCGAGAGAUUUUAAUUUUCAGGCGUAGUGGGACGUCGAUGCGUCGUUACUUAAUCGGAGGCAAGAAGUCCAUCGUCUGUAGCGUAUCACUUGCUAGAACGGACGACUUGAAUGCGGCGGUCUUGUCCCCAGACGGCUCGGUGUUGUGUUUGCAACAUGAGUCCUGCGGUUUAGAGCUUCUGGAUUUACCUCGUAGUUGCGAUGCGUCGCACCUAGAGUUCCACGCAAUGGUGAGCCGCGAUGUGUCGUGUGCGGACGAUGAGGCGCUGGGCGUGGCUUGGGUCGCCUCGAACAUGCUUGUUGCCGCGUUUAGUGGAGGAUUUGGACUCUACGAAGUGGAGUGCAGCCGCGAGGGCGCGAAGGUGUCACUAGUUCGACACGUGCAGAUGCCAAUCUGUCAUUUUUGCUGCGCGGUGGACGCGCGUACGAUUCUUUUUGUGUCUGGUUCCCAAGACCACGACGCCCUCCAGUUGUGGAUGUUUGAUGAGCAGAGUUGCGCGUUUGAGACGGUCGUCCUGGACGCGUGCGCCUCGGUUCAAUUCGAGCCCAACAACGUCUACCUGAGAACCGUCUAUGGCGUGCCUUACUGCAUUGUCGUGGAUCCCCACAACGGAAAAAUGUACCUGUACAGACUCUGUCGAGAGAGUCGUUGCGAAUACUGCUCGAUAGACUUGCUCUUCAAAGGACCCGUAUGUUUGAGCUUCAUAGACCACCUCAUCAUCGUCCACAGCAUGACGGCAAUGCUGAGUUUCAUAUUCGAUGUUCGCAUUGGACAAGUUUUGGAAAACGUGAUUGAGUUCCCGGUGACAGCUCCCUUUCCCGUCGCACUUCGCCGCCCGGAUCUCGGCGCGGAAGCGCCCCACUCGUCGGACACUCAACAAGAAAAUGAGCUCGGGUGCAACGACGCCUACUUGGACUGCGCGUUUCGGCCUCCAGACCUCCUUUUCAACGAAUCACUCGGAGAAAUAUACGUCCUAAAACUGGACCUUCGCACCAUCUCUGCCUCCAUCUCUCACCCGCUCAAGCGCGCUCACUUCCUAGUCAACAGAAAGGACAGACACCUCUUCUUUCAGUUCAUGAGCCAGUGCCUGGACUCUCGUUACCUGGAGCUAGACGACGUCACCUUGUUCUUUAAUUACCUCGUGUCCAGGAUGGCCGAGCGUUUCGCGAAACCCGCCGAAAUUUCGCCGAAUUCUCCGCAACUUCCAUUCGACAACUCGAUACUGCCCUCGGACGAAGGCACCCUCUACGCCGAGCGGUACUGGACGGACUACGUCGACGCGGACGGCCCGCCUCUCUACGUCGAGAGGCGAGUCGGCGACGCCGUUCAGAUAGAGAGGGAGCGAUUUUUCGAUGGCGAAUGCGAUUUUGAGUCGUUUGAAGAUUACAUUUGUCAAGAGGAGCUUUACGCUUGCGUUUUUCUCCCUGCUUCUAGGUCCUCCGCCGUGUCUCCGGGGUUUUUGACGUCUGUGCUCUGCGUCUACAUCUCCUCGCUGAAUGGCUACAAGCUGGUCGCGAGUCCCCGCCUGAUCGGUCUCCUCAUUGACUUGCUUGUGUGCCACCGAAAGUUUAGCCAGCUGCAUCAGCUCGUCCAGUACCGAUCGAUUCCGGACGUGCUCUACGUUGCCCUCCACCUUCUGCACGCCGAGUGUGUCUAUCCCCCCGCGCGCCAGGUUGCCGUUGGCAUGCUCAUGCGCCUCAACCAGCUCAGCUUUGUGUUCGAAGUUUUGCUCAAAAAAAAUAAAAUUCUUCGUGCCCUCGAACUCGUCACGGACGCCGCGUCGGACGACCGUCCGACGCAAUCUGCGGAAAUCGGCGGACGUCUGUCGACCCUGCUCGAGAGGGCGAGGGCCGCGAACGACCAAUUCGCCCUCCGCGUCAUCUGGGACGUCAUCGAGAACGGCUCCCUCACGUAAAGAAGAAAAAAAGAAAAAAAAAAAAA